AUGGGUAAUAUCGAUGAUUUUUCGUCGGUUGAUUGGGGUGAAGACGGUGGAGAAUUUCUGGAUGAAUCUAUGCAAUCUUCUACGCAUCGGUCCGGCAGAAAUCCGUCACCGCCAGUCAGAAACCGUAGUAGUCAGAGCCAAGCUGCUACUCCGUCUCCUAAGCUUCCCGGUAUUCGUGAGCAGUUGAGAAUCAUACGAGAUGCAGCUGCUCAUGGUGAAAUAAUUGAUUUUGAUGAUAAUCAAGUCAGAUUAGAGCCACCACCUUGUCACCGUGCUCCGCGACCGCUUCCCCCUCCAGUAGUUGCUGCAAAUAUCAGAAAUGAGGAGUACAAUCAUGAAGAAGCGUUAAAAACUGCUCUUGGAAGCGACUGUGAAGACGACUCGGAUGAGGAGAGCGUGAGCAAUGAGCCAUCACGCUCACCCUCGCCAUCAGCCAGCGGAGACGAAAAUCAGGAGUACAAAGUGGAAGACGAUCCGGAAUUCGCCAUUGCGGACGAGGACGAGAUGGAGGAUGAAGAGGAGGAUAUACCAGCUCGCCGUGGAUCUUCAGAAGGCAAUCGUUCUCCCAGAGGCUCACGUCAUCGCCGACGAGCUAUUCGAGACGACAACAGUAAUGAAAACUUUUUCAAAAGAUAUAACAGUCUUCCGGUGGACGAUGAAGACUACACUAUCACCAGGAACGUCGAGUCUGAGAGCGGCUUGUCCAGUCUUCCUUGGAAAGUAGACACCAAAUCCUGGAAUAGACUUUUCCCAUUCCAAAAAGAUGGCGUUCAAUGGCUCCAAACAAAGAUGGACCAUCGUAGUGGUGGGAUUCUUGCCGAUGAGAUGGGUCUCGGAAAGACGAUCCAGACUUGCAUUUUUCUGAGAUCAAUUGCAGAAACUCAGCGCACCUCUUAUAAAUACAAAGGUCUGGAUACCUGCCUCAUUGUGUGCCCCGUCUCUGUCACCCAUCAAUGGGUCGAAAAGCUUAAUGAGUGGUUCCCAAGAGUGAGAGUCUUCCUCCUCCAUCAAACAAGCUCUACUGGACGUGAGAGGAACUGGGCUGAUAGGAUUCUGAAAAAGCUGGGAAAGAAGUCCAGAUACUAUCCGGACGGAGCUGUGGUGCUCACGACAUAUGGGACUUUCACAAAUCUCCACAAACGUAUUGUCCCGCUUCCCUGGCAGGUCGUCAUUCUCGAUGAAGGGCAUCAUAUUCGGAACGACGACACGAAAUGCGCCGAAGCGAUGCGACAGCUGACGACUACGCAGAGAUUCAUUCUCACUGGAACUCCUUUCCAAAAUCGGCUGAAGGAAUUUUGGAAGCUCAUCGAUUUUGUGAAUCCAGGAAGACUUUCCGAUGCGAAGACCUUCGAUAAAUGUUUCAUAAGGAUCAUCAACGCGGGCGCCUACAUCAAUUGCUCACCGGAAGCUGCUGCCAAGGCUUACCAAUGCUUGAUGGCUCUCCAUUGCGCCAUCAAACCACUGAUCCUCCGUCGUCUUCAGAAGGAUCACCGAAUGGAGUUGAAUCUCACUGACAUCGAAGAAGUGAUGAUCAGCUGUGAACUAAGUCCGAGACAACGGCGAAUCUACCAAGAGUUUUGCGGAUCCAUCGAAGUUCAGCAGAUUCUUGAAAGGAAUAUAAAAGCAUUCGGUGGAAUCAAUAAGCUUGGCGACAUUUGUAAUCAUCCCGGAAUCUAUCGGAAAAUGAAACCAGGAACCGAGAAAUUUGGAAGAAUGCAUGAUUCCGGGAAAGUCGUUAUGCUCUUCAGGCUCUUCCGGAGAUGGUUCAAGAACCCGAACAAUCGCGUUGUGUUGUUCACUCAACGUUUGGCAGUGGUGGAUAUGUUGGCAUUCUACUUGGAUAAGAAGCAAAUUGCCUACUGCACGUUAACUGGGAACAACUCUCUUCCGGAACGCACAAGGAUCAUCAAGCGCUUUGAAGAGGAUCUGAGCAUCAAAGUAUUCUUGAUGACGACGCGCACCGGAGGACUAGGGCUGAAUCUCGCUUCAGCCAACAAAGCUGUAAUUUUUGAUCCGGAUUGGAACCCGCAAGCUGACAACCAGGCAAAGAUGAGGAUCUAUCGAAUGGGACAGCAGCACAAGGUCACUAUCGUCCGGCUGGUUUCGAAUGGAUCGAUUGAAGACCGAAAGUAUUUCAAGCAGAUCCAGAAAGAGAAUCUUGCUGAACAGCUUCUGAACAACGCCGAUGUGAACCACACGAUCCCCAACAACACGCUGAAGGAUCUGUUCACCCUGAAACCCGCAGGAUUGAAAGGGUCGGACAUUGGAGUCUAUAUCGAAGGAGACAUCGUCCCAGAGGAGGGUUUAAAGUCCAGCAACAAGGAUCUCAAAAAGAAAGCGAAGAAGGAUCUGAAGCACAAGCUUGAAGGCUUCGAGGACAAGAAGCUGCUCCUAUCACUGUUUGAUGAUGACAAAUUGGUGGCGAUGAGGAACCACGCGAGGACGGUUCAAGAUGGAGCUUGCCUCCGUGCUCCAGAAAGGAAACGAAUUAAUGAAGCUGUGGAGAGCGCCGUUAAAAGCCUUCUGCAUUCGGAAGGAAGACUGGCUCAUGGCUGGAAGAAGGAAUUCCAUAGGCAUCUCCGGCACAGUGGCUUGAAGCGGAUCAAGAGCGAGUACAAUGUGGAGGAGGAGAAAAUCGAUGGGUCAUUUUGGGACUCCAUAACACCUCGAUUCAAGUGUAACGACGAUAAGAAAGAGCUUGAUAAAAUAGUCAUGUGUGCUCGCCUACUUCAUGAUUUCCUGCAGAAAUGCCCCGAUGGGAAGGAGGAGAAAUUCCUCAAAAAAAUCCUCGCUAAGCAGCUGGACUUCACGGAUCCAACCCAAACUUUUUUCUUCCGCGAGAUCAUUUCCACUAUCGCAAUUUACAACGAAGACACUGAUUGUUGGACGUUGAAGAAAAUGUAUCAAGAAGCGAGAAUCAAGAGAAAGGAUGCUGUUAACACCUCGGAAGAUCAUUCGCCUCCUAGAUCCAAGAAACAUAGGAGAUCGAUGGAAGAUUCGUCAAACCAACCAUCGACAUCUACCCAAGCUUACCAGACGGACAAUUAA